AUGCAAGUUGCUAGCCAUAACUAUACUUCAUCUCCAUCUUACACCUCCUCUACUACUUUGGAUAUGGAACAACUGACAAGCAGGUCCUCCCACAAUACCAAUAAUGAUAAUGAAAAGCGUCACCACCUCAUCGAUCAGGUGAGCAAAUCUCAUACAUCCAAAAACGAUCAAAGGGACCUGACCACCAAAUCACGAAAAGAUGAAGAUAUACCACCAUCACAUCCGAAAUUCGACCGUUCCAAAUUAUCAGACAAGGAGUAUAUUGGACAGUUGCUAUUUGAAAAUAAGGAACUAAGGUAUCUCAUCGAAUCACAAGAAAGGACCAUCAAGCACCUACAACAACAAUUGAAGGUUCACACUCAAUUCUCAAACACAAGUACAACUAAUGAAGCUACGCCCAAGACUAGAAACGGAAAUCACUUGAACUCCAACCUAAACACGUCAAACAAUUUAAAGCAACAACAACAACAACAACAACAACAACAACGCGACAACUUUGAGCUGCCUCUUUCACUGUCCGCAUCGCUGUCUCCCAUACUGUCACCAGUAUUGGAUGCACCUAUUGACUCUACAUCAAUUGCUGCAUUGGUCCCCACGCCUUUGCACAAGAGCGGUUCUCCCACACGGCGAUCCAGAUCUGCAUCAUUAGCCAAUAAGAUGCAAUCACUUGGAGAAGAUGAAAAUAAAAAAUCCGUUUCAACCACACCUAUACAACACCACCAAACAAUGUCAGAUAAGGAUGAAGAACCGGCUGUAAAAAGUCCUUACGAAAUACCAACAAGAUCAGUACUUAGAAGUAGAGACGUUCCAGGCCAAGAAAAAGAUCACAAUAGAGGUAAGGAAAAAGAAAAAGAAAAAGAAAAGGAGAAUGAUAAACAGCCUUUAUUGUCUUCAGCACAAUCAGCAUCAUAUUCUACCCUUCCCAACUCUACAUCAAGCAAUAGCAACCUAUCUUCGAAUGUCAGUAGCCACUUAUCUUCAGGUCGGGGAGAACGUGAAAAGCUAGACACAGAAUCGACAUAUUAUGCGUAUGGUAACGCAUAUAAUGAUGAACACGAUCAAGAUGAUACUCCAGAUACGACUAGACAACUGAAUACAUCCGAUGGAAAUAUAAUCCAUUCGGGUAAUGUCACCAUUGACUCAAGUACGAGGACCGAUGAUGCAUAUGAAAUGAACAAUCAACACGUGCGUGGCUUGGACGUUGCAAAGCUUCGAUCUCAUGCAUCUUCAGCCGCUAGUGAAAAGAUCUAUAAAGAAAACAAACAUUUGGCCCGAAGCACCAGCAGUAUAGGAUCAACUUAUAAAUCAUCGAGGAUCAAACCACCCGCAAGCGCCUCAAAAACAUCAACCAUGAAUAGCAAUAAUAAUAAUCAUAAUCCUAACAACAACAAUAGUAUUAUUAACAGCCCAGGUAACAUCAACAGUCCAGUUGAAUUGGCACCUCCAACGUCCUUGAAAUUGGCCUUGGGUGACAGAACUGGCUCAAGGACAGACACUUCUCCAUCAGCAGGUCCAGUCCCUAGCUCAGUAUCAGCUUCUGCUUACAAUUCACCCCUCCCUCCCCUUCCAACUUCUCAAAGUCAAAACAGUGUCGGGAUUGGAUAUUUGGAUUCAAGCAAGGACGCAUCAACAACUUUAGACACACUAAGCGAUACGAAACUUGAUACUUUUCAAUCACCAAGCUCCAAAUUUGACGACCCAAAUGGUCAGUUACCCUCUCCCGGUAUUGGAUAUGAUAAGUUUGACAACCAGGCAACGAAUAAUACUCAGACUCUGAAUAACACUAAUAAUUUAUCUAUUCAAGGAUUGGGGUUGGCGCCACCUUACAAUAUUCAGCUGCAAACAAUCAAUUACACAACUCCUCAUCAAACACCACCAAUAAAUGAUGUCAAGAGCAGUGUAAGUGCAUCUUUCACUAGUCCCCGUACCCCUGCUUUUAGCUUUAAUGUGUUGAAUACUCCAAAAACAGACUUGGACGAGUCAUCCUUGUUUAUUAAGCCAGAUGAGUUUCAAACUAUAUUUAUCAAAGUAGUAAGUACGAUACAUAUUAAUGCAGCAACGAAUCAAGCCUUGAAAAAAGCUGAUGAUCCAAAUCUCACCAUUACAAUCAAUGACCGAGAAACUAAUAAGGAGAUGUGGAGGAUUCGAAAGACACAUUCGCAAUUAUGUGCAUUUGAUGCCGAAAUCAGACCCAUUGUUGAGUAUUUCGGGUUGGCCUCGCUACCUGAUAAGGCUAGCUUUAUGUCAACAACACCGAGCAAAAUAGAAACAAGGCGAUCUAUCUUGCAAAACUACUUUAACUCGAUUUUUCUUAUGCCUCAUAUCCCACACAUUAUUUUGUACAAGAUUUGUUUGUUUCUUUCUUUGGACUUUGUUAAUCCAUUAGAUGAUUAUAAAAGCGGUUCGCGCAAAGAAGGUUAUUUAGUAAGAAGAUACAAAGGUUUAGGCAAUAGUUGGAAAGUGAGGUGGUGUCAAAUCGAAGGUAAUGCGCUCGAGAUUUAUCUGUUUCCAGGUGGGCCACUUCAAGAGCAAAUUCCUUUGAGAAAUGCACAAAUUGGACGUCAAGCAACGGAUUCAGUAGCAGACGACAAGGGAUAUAGACACGCAUUUUUGAUUAUGGAGUCUACAAAAGCAUCUAAAUUGCAUACUACUACAAACAAACACUUUUUCUGCGCGGAAACUGAUGAAGAAAGAGAUGAUUGGGUAACAGCAUUGAUUGAAUUUACUGAGCCUCUGACGGAUUCGCCAGAUGCAUCUCCACAGAACUUUAAUACAUAUCAAGAUGCAAUGACUCCAAGUGAUAGCGGCAAGUACCUGUAUGACAGCUAUGGUAACAGUAUCAAUAGUGGUAACAACAACAGCAACAACAACAACAACAACAGUAAUGCAAUGCAAGAAGCACCAAGCUCAAGUUCUGGUAGUUAUCUAUCAAUAGACCAAUCAUCUACACAAACAUCAACACUGAUAGAAGAACAGGCUAAAAAGAUGAAAAAAAGGAGCUAUUUCUCAUUUCGAAAUAGAACCUCUUCAAUUCCAGAGGAACACAAUCAGCAGCAACCACCAUUACCACCACCACCACAACCGUCACAAUCAAUACAUCUGAAUCAACAACAGCUGCAGCUGCAACCAGUAGUAUACCAACAACCGCUGUUGAGCCAACCGCCCAGUGCAUCGUAUAUACAUUCUCCACUGAAGAAUUUCCAAUUGCAAACUCAAUCGCAACCGCAGACGCCAAAUCAUGAUACUAGCAACUCCAUGAGGCAGUAUUUGGAUAACAUGCAACUUGGAGAAGACCUCACUAGAGCGGUGUUUGGUCGUGAUGUAGAAGUUGCAUAUGAGUUGUCGAAUCUGGAGUAUAUGGGUAAGCUGAUCCCCAGUAUUUGUUUCCGAUGUUUGGACUAUUUAAACAAGACCGGUGCUGUAUUUGAAGAAGGUAUAUUCCGUCUCAGUGGAUCUGCUUCCGCUAUACGUCAGCUUAAAGAAGCGUUCAAUCGAGAGUAUGAUUUGGACUUGUUUAAGUCGCCAUUAAAGCCUGAUAUACAUACUGUUUCUGGAUUGUUCAAAUUAUACUUGAGAGAGUUGCCUAACCCAAUAUUGGGCUCACAAACUUACGACAAACUCAACACCAUUAUAAUGAACAAUGCAAACAAGAUACCACCUUCGCAGAUUGCAAUGCUAUUCCGAGACUAUUUGAAUGACCCAUUGCAAAUGGAUAAGAUACAUUAUGAUCUAUGUUAUGUCAUUUUCAAAUUCCUCCGCCAGGUCAUCUCACAAAAUCAAAUAAACAGAAUGAAUCUUCGAAAUCUAUGUAUUGUUUUUGUGCCAACGUUGAAUUUGAGCUUGGAGGUGUUGAGCACUAUAUUGAUUGAUUUUGAAUGCAUCUUUGAAAAUGGAAAACCAAUUCUGGAUUCAAACAGAGAAGUCUUGGAUUUACAAAUUCCCAAUUUUUAA